CACAAAGUGAUUCAGCAUCGGAAAUAUGCUGUGCCAUGGUCCAACCAUAUCUGGCAUUUCGACAGGCAUCACAAACUCAUCCUCUGGGGGAUUUCCAUGGACUUGUUGAUGGUAUUGUCAAACAAAAUGUUAUUUUUUUAUAUUACUGAUUUGCUGAACUCACUGAAUUUUAGAUUGUAG